CGCCAACAGCGCUCAACAGUCGUUCCAUUCAGUGACAAUCUGGCGUCUGCUUCGAUGUUUGGCGAUCGUUUGUAGCUGCUAAAAUUUUGCGUGCGUCGUGUGAUUUAUAUUUGUGGAAAAGAAACAAUCGCGUAGAUAUCGGUAACAUCGCGCUGCUUCAUCGUCGACACGAAGAAACGUCAGAAGCGGAACGCAUCUAUCUACGAGAAGACAUUUGCGGAGGAGGAACGCGUCCCUUCGCUCGCAGAUACAUCUCGUAACGUCGAGAUCUCCCUCUGGCACUUGGCAUCGACGCGCGAAUCGCGUCGCAUCACCUCGUCCUUUCUUCCUUUCAUCCUUCGCUACUUGAGAAUUUACAGAAGUGAAGAGAAAACGAAAUGGGAACGUUUUGCUACAACUUCAGCAAAUUAUCGCGAUAACGGUGAUAGCCCUGGCAGCAUGGAUGUUGACGGACAAAACAUUCUUGGUGUCCAUCGCUCAAGAAAGCAACAAUUACGACGCGGGUCUGUAUAUCCUGCUCGCCGCUGGUAUCCUCAUGUUCAUCGUCGCCUUCUUAGGCUGCUACGGUGCUUUUAAGCACUCUCGGUGUAGUCUAAUCACAUUCUUCGUCAUUAUGCUCGUCAUUAUCGUCGCGCAAAUAGCUUCCGCAGGCUGGCUUUACACUAACUGCGAUCGACUAGAUGAACUGUUGAGAUCUUCCGUGUCAAACACUGUUAAGAAGGAGUAUGGCGAGGUAGAAUGUCGUACGCAAAUCAUGGACACGAUUCAAUCCGGUCUCGAAUGCUGCGGAGCCAAUGGACCUGCGGAUUGGGCCGGUAGCAAGUACGGAUCCCUCAGCAAGGAUCCUUCUCUUCCAAUUAGUUUGACCGUCUCCGCCGAUGCCGACAACAUGUACAAAGUACCAGAAUCAUGUUGCAAAGAGAUACACAGUAGUGCCUGCAAUGAGAGUCGCAACCUUAAAAUUGCCGGAAUUGUGAGUCCUGCGAUCUACAAUGAGGGAUGCACACAAAAAUUGGUGGACACGCUCAAGGGUCAAACUUCUAACGUUAUGAUUAUAGCGUUAUUGGUUCUAAUCGUAGAAAUCCUUGGUUUGAUACUUGCUUUAAUUUGUUGCUGCGAAGGCGGUGCGUCGGAUAGAUAUAAAGCUUAAAUUAAUUUAUCGUAUAAGAAUCUCUCUGUCUUGCUGAAUCCCCAUGUCCCAUAGUAAUGUUGUAUGGAGAAUAUCGAAAUUUUACUUUUCCGUGCCAAUGCUAAUAAUACUUUACAAAUUGUGUUUUUAUAUUUGGUCAUAUACCAGAUGGCCGAAAUAUUCUCUCGAUUGAUACAAAACCCUUUGGAUAAGUAUUUUAUAUACUGUAUCAUAUAUCAUCUUAUGCGAAUUGGUACGCAUUAUUUUGGGACCAAUUCAAGAUCUUAUAUAUAUAAUAUAAUAGCACCAUUUUAUAAUUUUU